AUGUACGCAAUGUACUUACGUAAACAGAAUCAAGAAAACAAAGGUACAAAAAUGAAUCGUGCAACUACUGUUUUCGUAUCGUAUUUUCGCAGAAGAAUUAAUCGAGAUGUUACAGUAAUUAAAAUACUGGAUUCUGAAUCUUAUCCACCGUCCACAAACUGCAUAAGAAGUUAUGUGACGGAAAUCAAAGAAUCGAAUUUUAAAAAGCUUGGAAAUUUGCCGGGACGACCACAUUAUCUAGAUGCUCAAGCCACAACUCCAAUGGAUCCUCGGGUUCUUGAUGCAAUGCUUCCAUACCUUGUUUCAUAUUAUGGAAAUCCACAUUCCCGGACUCAUGCUUAUGGUUGGGAAAGUGAGGCGGCAAUGGAACAUGCACGAAGUCAAGUGGCAAAUUUAAUUGGAGCUGAUCCAAAAGAAAUAGUAUUUACAUCAGGUGCAACAGAAUCGAAUAAUAUUGCUGUGAAAGGAGUUGCACGUUUUUACAAAAGCAAGAAGAAACACAUUAUUACAACUCAGACAGAACACAAAUGUGUAUUAGAUUCCUGUCGAGCCAUGGAAGGUGAAGGGUUUGACGUCACAUAUUUGCCUGUAACAACUACCGGGAGAAUUGAUUUGAAUGUUCUGAAGGAAAGUAUAAGACCAGACACUUCUCUUGUUUCCAUCAUGACCGUUAAUAAUGAGAUUGGAGUGAAGCAACCUAUUGAGGAAAUUGGGGCUAUUUGUAAACAAAGAAAGAUUUUCUUCCAUACUGAUGCAGCCCAAGCAGUUGGAAAGAUUCCUUUGGAUGUGCACAAGAUGAACAUUGAUCUCAUGUCCAUUAGUGGUCACAAGAUUUAUGGUCCAAAAGGAAUUUAUAAAAUACUUUCCUUGGCAGGAAUCGGUGCUUUGUAUGUUCGUCGUCGACCUCGUGUACGAGUUGAACCUGUACAGAGUGGGGGUGGACAGGAAAGAGGCAUGCGCAGUGGGACUGUGCCUACCCCUCUGGUUGUUGGGCUGGGAGCUGCAUGUGAAAUUGCGAUGCAUGAAAUGGAUUAUGAUCACAAGUGGAUGGAAAAAUUAUCCCAACAUCUUUUAGAUAAAAUUACUUCUCGAUUGCCCAAUGUGAUAAGAAAUGGUGAUCCUGUACAUUCAUAUCCUGGAUGCAUCAAUUUAUCAUUUGCUUAUGUAGAAGGUGAGUCAUUGCUGAUGGCUUUGAAAGACAUUGCCCUUUCCAGUGGAAGUGCCUGCACUUCUGCUUCAUUGGAGCCUUCAUAUGUUUUGCGGGCAAUUGGAACUGAUGAGGAUCUAGCCCAUUCCUCAAUCCGUUUUGGAUUUAGUCGUUUCACUACAAUGGAGGAAGUGGAUUACACUGCGGAAAGAACCAUCAAAGAUGUUGAAAGACUGAGGGAAAUGAGUCCUCUGUGGGAAAUGGUGCAGGAAGGAGUAGAUAUCAAGGCAAUCAAGUGGUCACAGCACUGAAUCUCAAAUUUGCAGUCUGCUUUUGACAAAUGUCACAAGUUUUGUGCAUCAAACCUAUUUCAUUUAAAUAUGUUAUAUGUUGGUGCAGGCACAUAGAUCAAGAUGUUUUUGAGCCUUUCAGUUUAAAGUUAAUUUACAAGUAAUUACAUAACCAUAUCAUAUCUUGUUGAUUUUUCUGAACUCCUUGAAUAUUUAUGUAAAGAGCAAUGUAUAGAGAAUGUAAAUAAGUGUUACAUAAUUGCCAUAUUAUGAAUAAAAAUGUAAUGUAUUCAAUUUUCCAUUCCAACAAAGUUCAUUUUUCUACCUUGGGAAGCCAAGUAGUAGGACUGACUCUGAUUCCCAAGUCAACUUUUGUGAUGAUCAAAUUGUUCUUCUGGGUUCAUUUACAAUGGAAUUGUAUCUUCGUUUGCAUUUCUUCAGUGGUGAACUGCACAUUGUGUGGAACAUAUUUCAUCUUGAUUUUGGCUUGCUAUAAAUUGUCAGGUGUAGCGUUCAGCCAACUUAGAAGACUUUUAUAAGGAAGUUUUCAUUUAUGCAGAUAUAAAAUGUAUUUUCAUUUGUUGACUUAUAGCUAAUAUUGAUCUUGGUAGCAAACAGUUUAAUUUCUUUCUGAAAUGUUUUGGAAAAUGUUAGUAAUUGGGCUUUGUGUCAUGACUGAGUUUCUAGCAAUUUAGCUUUAGUAGUGGGGAGAUUUGUGAAGUGAUGAUUGAAAUAUUUGAAGUAAAUACAUAGUAACUUGUGGCAUAGUUAAUAAAAAACCCUACAAAAAUAUUUUGGUUUAGUUGCAGUUCGAGAUGAAUUAGUUGCACUAUGAGAUCAGAUUACUUUCUUUGGGUUAUUUGAAGUGGUUACUAAAUCUGCAUAAAUAAAAUUGUGGUGUGUGUGUGAUUUCUUAAUAAAUGCAUUUUUAAAUUUUUUUAUUAUAGGAUUAUUU